GAAGAGAAACACGAACCCGAACUGAACCUAGCUCUUGACAAACAAACAAAUAAAUAAGAAUUUUCUAUACGGAAAAAGCCGUUUUAGUAUGGGGGGGUCUGCGCUGACAACAUUUAAGUCAACUAAACUUCCGACACCAUAAAUUCAAGCCGCCUGGCUUCUGAUUCAUCUUCAGUAGAUCUUAAUAACAGGGAUGCCUCCUAAGGGACGGAAGAAAUCAACAAAUACUGCAGGCAGCAAAAGGAAAGUAAGGAGCAGUCUAUCUUCUACACGACAUGAAAAUACAAUUCAGCCAGAUGGCAUCUUCCCCUUGGUCCUGACAUCCGCCACCCAGGAACUCUUUGAUUGCUGUGCCGAUAAGGACGUCACAAAGAAGAGCCCUCACAAGCUGCUUAAAAAGGAUGACAUCCUACAGGACAUAAAGACAAGAGCUGCAGAGUCUGAUUUCACCCCAGUGAAAGAGAUUGUGCUUGAUUACCCAGAGGAAGAGAUAUUGUUGGUCUUUGAUGCAGACUUCACGCAUGGGCAGAACUUCUACUUGGUCUUGGCACCAGAAGCCAAGGAUAUACUUAAACCUCUAGAUACUACAUCCGAUGUAUUUGAGGCUGAAGUCAAGAAAACCCCACCACCAAAACAAUGGAUUUCUCUUGGCAGUGAGAAGGAGAUAGAGGGGCCUCUCAAGGAAUCAAGAGGAAAGCUGAGGCUCAAAAUAAGUCUAGAGCGGGAACUUGGAUUGCCAGUCUGUUUUACAGAUUUUACUCGUGCAGAUAGCGAACUAGGGUGUACUUCCUACCAGGAUAGUAGAUUCAACAUCAAGAUACUUACCAGGGAUUGUGGAAUCCAGGCUGUACCAGAAGAACAGACAAACAGUAGUCAGACCACACGAAACACUCAAAAUAACAUGGAUGCACAGUACAACCCAAGAGAGUUCAGCAAUGAGGAAAAAGAAAAAAUUCUUCAAGAUGAGAGUUUGAAGAAUAUUCUUGCCACACAGACCCCCAGGACCUUACAUGCCCUACAAGAAGAAGAGAUAAUGAAUGUGUUUAUCAAUUACUUCAAGGACCUGCUGCCAGAGAGUGCCAUUACCUGGUCAGAGCCAGUUUUAGUCUUCAGUGAUAACAAGUUCUGUGGAAACAAGGAAAUUAGUUGCCUUAACUGGCACCCUAUGAUAUAUGGUGUGAUUGCCAUAGCUUUAAUACAGAAGAGGGAGAAGCAGUCAGAGAGAACUGCUUUGUUAGAAUUGGAACCUGCUCUGAUCAUUUUCUGGAGCUUUUUUGACCCCUAUCAUCCCCAGUUGCUUCUUGAGUGCCCAGAUGAAAUUCUUGCAUUUGAGUUCUGCCCGUCUAAUCCAAAUAUUAUUGCUGGUGGCUGUGUUAAUGGAAAGGUUGUGUUGUGGGACAUCUCUGCUCAUGUCAACUACUUACAAGCAGCACAACCUGGGACAUUUGAUUUGAAUGACAACAAAGUGAAUAGGACCCCUGUUGUGCCUUACUGUGUAGAGUCAGAAAACAAGAGCAGCCACAGAGCCCCGAUUACUGAUUUGCAAUGGCUGCCACCAACAUUUCAGGUGAACAAGAUGGGAUUACCAUUGGAGAACAAGAUGAAAGUGUCUGUUCAGUUUGUCACAUGCUCUCCUGACCGCACUCUACGAUUUUGGGAUGUGAGAUGCAAAGAUCUGGAGCCACCAGAGACAACCUACAGCAUCCCUGGAAUGUUUCAACACCUGACCAGCUCAUGGAAACCCUUUUUCACGGUUUCACUGCCAGAGACUGAGACCGAUGGAAAAUAUGCUCCUUUGAACUUCUGCUAUGAACAUCAAACCUGCACUACAGAAAAAAGUACGGAAAAAAAGUGGCCAGACGUCCUUCCUGACUACAGCCAACUCAGAAUUCCCUCGUCUACAAAUCUGAAACCAAUGGAAGAUGUCAACACCAAGGUUUUUUUGGGAACAGAGAAAGGAGAGAUUGUUUACACUGACUGGAAAAUGGAAACCAAAGGGUCUAGCAGACCAAACAGUGCCGCACCCCUCCUGCAUUUUAACACACAUCAUCCGUUUGUGAAUACAAUGCAGAGAUCACCAUUCUUCAAAGACAUUAUUUUGACAACAGGAGGCUUGAACUUUGCCAUUUGGAAAGAGGGAGUCAUGAAAGGCCCGUUGGUUGUAUCAAAAAAAUAUGAGCAGGAGUGCACUGCGGGAUGCUGGUCGCUGUCCCAACCAGCUGUUUUCUUUAUUGGAAAAGAAGAUGGCAGUGUUGAGGAAUGGGACCUGCUGAAAAAAAACAGUAAACCAGCACAGCUUAUACCACACAUCAGCAAAGGCAAGAUUACCUGCAUGAAACCCUGGGCUGUCUCUGCCAAGAAGAACUUCCUUGCCAUUGCAGAUGACCUUGGCAUUGUUGCUGUUUUUGAUAUGUCAAAGUCCCAAGUUGAAACCCAGAGUCAUGAGAUUGAAAGCAUGAAGAAAUACAUUGACCGUCAUACAGAGUAUGUAGAGUCCGAUGAGGUCUUGACCAAGAAGACUAAGGAGGUGGAGGAACUGAAGAAGAAAAUGGAACCUGAUAAACCAGCCAUGCUGCUGACAGACAAUAUAGAUCCGCACAAGGAGCACAAUGAUUUCGUACAGAGGGAAGAAAGGAUCUUAAGGAGCCUUAGCAGUUGGCCCACUGCUGAAGAGCCAUAAAAAAGCA